AUGAAAGCAGCAUGGCCAGAAUUAGCAUUUAAUUGUCUGUUUCAAUUUACGGAUUUGGGAGGAAAACGAGGUGAGGGGCAACUCACUAAAUGCCUUGGACGGAGGAUAGAGGAUAAGCAGGCUUUCCAACCACCAAUUGAUUUACCUGCUAGAGAUGACCGUAUUGCUGGAGAGGAGGAGCAUCCGAAAAUUCUAAACCAUUUCACCUUUCCUAUACAAUCCGGAGGAUGUAGUUUCCCAGAUAGAACAGGAGUAGCACAAGACGAAUAUACACCAAAAGUAGCAUAUAUUAUGUUGCCAAAAAAUCAAAAAAUGGUUCUUUUCUCACACAUGUCAUCCGGAGGUACUUUAGGAGAAGAGAGGAAAAAGUGGUCACUAAAUGGAGAGUCUUUAUCUUGUCAAAGGGUGUUGGUGCAUAUCCUAUCGAAUAAUUGGCCGAAAUUAUCAAAAAAGAGCCCAAAGGAGAAAGAUAUUUUCUGUUUAGCAAAUCGUUUUAAUAAAUGCAUGCUUUCUUUACCAAGUGAUCGAGCAUUUCUGACACCUCUGGGGAUAAUUUUGUUUCCUAGCAAUUCAAAGAAAAGAUUUGAACGUAUUUACCUUGCAUUUGAGUUACCGAUAUGUACUUACGUUUUUGAUACUUGGCCAAAUUUGUUGAGUGACGGUAAAGACCAUUUUGAAAGUCAAAUUCCCCAUCCACAAUGGAUACAUUUGAAAGGUUUUUAUCUACUCUGA